AUGAACGACUACAAUCCGUCGGCGAACGACGCCUUCUCUCCUCAACAGGAGCGCGGAAGGUCAGGCAGCAUGAUGUCCUUGGGCUACAUUCCAACAAAUACUCAAGGUCCUUCAUCAGACAACGGCGGCGCUACCGUUGACGAUUCCAUGAACAAAUCCCAAAACCCAGAUGGUGAUAGCACUUCUCCCACACAACCGGCCGGCUCAUCUGGUGCGAAUUCUGGUCUCAAACAAGUUUCAGAUGUCUUGUCCUCUGAGAUCGGUAUUGUUACUCUUCUGAAUCGUCUCAAGCAGAGCAUAGCUUCUGCCAAGGAAUUCGCAUUGUUUCUCAAGAAGCGAUCCAGUCUCGAAGAGGACCAUGCCAAUGGUAUCAGGAAGCUCACGCGUACGACUCAAGAGGUCAUGCGCCGACCCGACCACCGCCAAGGCACGUUUGGUAGCGCAUACGAAGCAAUGGCGAGCACCCACGAACGCAUGGCCGAGAACGGGAUUGAGUUUUCGAAAGAAUUGCAUCAAAUGCACGAUGAGCUUAUGGAGCUCGCCGGCGUUGCAGAACGCAGCCGCAAGUCGUGGAAGCAAAAUGGCCUGUCCGCCGAGAAUAAGGUUGCUGAGAUGGAACAGACUAUGCGUAAGAGCAAGGCCAAGUACGACUCUCUCGCCGAUGAUUACGAGCGAGUCAAGACGGGCGAGUCGCGCCAGAGCGGCAAGAUGUUCGGCCUCAAGGGCCACAAGUCUGCUCAGCAGCACGAGGGCGAGUUGCUGAAGAAGGUUCAGGCGGCCGACUCAACAUAUCACGGACAUGUCCAAGCGCUGCAGGCUGAGAAGGCCCAGCUCGUUUCGACGACACGUCCAGAAGCUAUCAGAUCCCUACAGGACUCUAUCAAGGAGAUUGACGCUGGUAUCUCUUUGCAAAUGCAGAAGUUUGCCUCCUUCAACGAACGCCUGCUAUUAAGCAACGGCCUGAGCGUGAGCCCCAUUCAAGGCCCCGGAGCUCAAAGCAUCAGUUUCCAGCGCAGCCUGCGACAGGCCGCUUCCUCGAUCGAUAACGACAAAGACUUGAAUGAUUAUGUCACAGCACAGCACAGAAGCGUACCUGCCAAUACCGGUGAGGUUGAGUACAAGCGUAAUCCGGUUCUGAACCCUCCAAACACCAGUGGUCAUGUGCCAGGUGGUCCCGUUCAACAGCCUGUUAUUGUGCAAUCCCCUGUAUCACAGACACCACCUCAGGGGGGCUUCUCUGGGCCCCAGCCCCUUGGCCCGGGAUCAAGAACCAGUACUCUGGGACUUGGUCCCAUCACUGGUAUCACUGGCGAUUCUUCCUUCCCUUCUGACGACCCGCGCCCAUUCUCGCAGCCUCAUAACAGGAGCUUCAGCCAAGGAAACAUGCCACUGCAGCAGGGCGGCCCCGGCCCCGGCCCUGGCCCCGGUCCCAAUCAGCAAGCACCUGGCCAGAGAUAUGGCAACGGCGGUUCUAUUAGCUCGACUGGCCCACCACAGCUGGGUGCACUCCCCUUCCAGCCGAGUGGUUCUCCUUCUCAGCAAACUGGCCCCAAUCAGCCUCCUCAUGAACGUACAGGCAGCAGUGCGAACGCGGGCCAUGGACCUCCGGGGGCUGGGCGAUCACCGCCUCCUUACGGGGCGUCUAGUCAUCCCCCGCCUGCUCCUGGGCCUUCUGGGCCUUCUGGACCUUCGAGGCCAGUGUUCGGCCUACCACUCAGUCGUCUUUAUGAGCGGGACAGUUUAGCUGUGCCAAUGGUAGUCCAUCAGUGUAUCCAGGCGGUAGAUAUGUACGGCCUUAAUGUGGAGGGUAUCUACCGACAAUCUGGAUCUAUGGCUCAUAUUCAGAGACUCAAGACCAUGUUCGACACAGAGUCUUCCAGCCCGGCUCUCGACUUUAGGAACCCCGAGAACUUCUAUCAUGAUGUCAACAGUGUCACUGGUCUAUUGAAGCAAUUUUUCCGGGACCUCCCUGACCCCUUACUUACUCUCGAGUACCAUGAUAGCUUCAUUGCUGCUGCCAAGCACGAAGAUGAUACGCUCCGCCGUGAUUCUCUUCACGCUAUCAUCAAUAGCCUGCCUGACCCCAACUACGCUACUCUCCGUGCCCUUACCCUUCACCUCUGGAGGGUUAUGGACAACAGCCAUGUGAAUCGUAUGAACUGUCACAACCUUGCUGUCAUUUUUGGCCCUACGCUCAUGGGCACUGAUCCUAGCACUGCUAUCGCUGAUGCGGGCUGGCAGAUCAAGGCCAUCGACACCAUCCUGCAGAACACACUGCAGAUUUUUGAUGAGGAUUAG